GGGUCAAGUUCCAAGCUUUAAUAGGAUACUCUGUGAGAUGAGUAGGGACAUUGUGCCUUUGGUUUUAAUCUGAGCUUUGGUUUCUCUUCACAGUGCAGCCUUCAUAUUCAUGCUUCUUACAGUAUCUCCCAGAAGCUAAAUGUUCCUAUGGCCCCACUCUCAGAGCCCAAUGCUGUAGGCAUAGUCAUCGCUCAUGGUAGCGUGGGGGAUGCUAUCUCAGUGAUGGUACCAGAUGUGUACAUCUCAGAUGAUGGAGGAUAUUCCUGGACAAAGAUGCUGGAAGGGCCCCACUAUUACACCAUCCUGGAUUCUGGAGGCAUCAUUGUGGCCAUCGAACAUAGCAGCCAUCCUAUCAAUGUGAUUAAGUUCUCCACAGAUGAAGGUCAGUGCUGGCAAACGUACACAUUCACCAGGGAGCCCAUCUAUUUCACUGGCCUUGCAUCAGAGCCCGGCGCCAGAUCCAUGAAUAUCAGCAUCUGGGGGUUCACAGAGUCUUUCCUAACCCGCCAGUGGGUGUCCUACACCAUUGAUUUUAAAGACGCCCUUGAAAGAAGCUGUGAGUGCCUGCCAGAAAAAUGGGCCCCUUUCUGCAGAUGAUCCAUUCACUUUAAUCUCUUUUAGCUGGGUAAACAAAUGCACGUGUAUACAG